GUGUGGCAGGGCUAGGCAAAUUGAAAGUGAGCAAUCAUGAAUCAUCACAGACAGAAAGAAGCUUGCUUAAACGUUAGUCCUUAUUCAUUCGUCUAUUAGCUGACAACCGUUUAUGAAAAAGUUCUGCAUGAUUCAGAUAUAUCCAUCAUCAUAACUCCUCUCUCAGCUGAAUUAAUUGAUAAGCCAGCAAGAUAACAAUCAAUAAUUAUAACGUUAGAUACAUUUCACUUUUGUUGAAAGAUGGCUGAUGCAGAUUUCGGGUUUGCAUCUGACAACGGAGUGCUGCCUGUCGAGGUGGACCCAGCUGCAGCUUUCUUAGCUCAGCAAGAAAGCGAAAUAGCGGUGAUAGAGAAUAACGAGGCCGGAGUCGGGACUUUGCAGGGAUCCGCUGAGCAGCAGCCGGCGGCCGAUUCACCUGUACAAUAUGAUGCAGGGUUUGCAGAGGCAUCAACAGCCACGGUAAACGGAGACAUGUUUGAGCUGGAGUCCAACAGUCCAUCAGACAGCUAUGCGGCCAUCGCCCAGGUGGACUCUCUGAGAGCAGAGCCUGAGAGCCUGCGUAAGUGGAGGGAGGAGCAGAAGGCACGACUGGAGCAACUAGACUCUGCGUCCAAGGCAGCGGAGGCUGAGUGGAAAGAGAAGGCCAAGAAAGAGCUGGAGGACUGGCAUGUGCACCAGAUUGAACAGAUGGAGAAGAAAAAGUCCAACAACAGGCUUGCUGAUGAGACUUACUACCAUCAACCCAACUCUCAAGUGAUAAACUUCAUGGCAUCUGAAGAGGCCUUCCUGUCUGAGGCUGAUGGCGACAGCCCAGGGACGGAGUGGGAGAGAGUGGCCUGUCUCUGUGACUUCAACCCCAAGACCAACAGGACGGCCAAGGACGUGUCCCGGAUGCGCUCGGUCCUCAUAGCCCUCAAACAGACACCCCUGGUGCGCUAGUAUGGCCAAUAGAACAGAAGGGUGGUGAUAUUUCCCUCCUUUAAAAAAAAUUUUUAAACGCCUACUCUUGAGUUAUGAACCUUGGCUUGCAUUAAGGCAGAAUGUUCUAGGCUCUUUUCAUAUCUACUCUUGGUUCAGGGUUCUUAAUAUGUUCAGACCCUCCUGUUUUCUGUCAUGUCUGUAACAUGUGGAGAGGAAAGGUAUUGUCCCUCCCGCCAUCUUUCCUUAUUCUGAUGUAAUGCAUCCAGUGUAUGUGAUAUACCUCACUACCUUAACAUGGAUCGACUGACUGCUCUCUUGUCUUUUUAAAACUUCCCAUCAACAAUGCUUCUAUUUGACUGUUCAGAAAAUAUGGUUAAUUCUUUAUUACACUUCUUCCCUCUCAUAAAAGGGAGUGGGGGGGUCAAACCUCUUUAUCUUUUAAGCGUGAUUCCUCUCCCCAAUAUUUAGGGUGUGAAGUGUUCUUUUAAUCAAAUAACAGAUUUAGGUUAAUCUCCACUGUAAUUUGUAUUUAAUGUGUCGGUUGUAAUGUAGCCAGUCCUGUUCAGGUACUACAUAUAGGAAUAGGUUCUAAACCACAUAUGCCAUUAUUAUUUUUUAUUUUUUUUUAGUUAAGAAUUGAUUCACAGACCUAUUAAUUUACUGUAGUAUAAUAUUCCUAAUGGAUUAUUUAACAGUACCUAGUGAUUUGUCCUGAUAUUUUAGAUGCUAUGAGCUUGUUGUUCUUGAAGGACUUUUUACUCCUGCCACUGUUUGUAUUUUUGGCUAAUUAGAAGUGUUUCCUUCCCAAGCUUGAAUAUUUCAUAGCCUGGUUUCCUGAUCUGUUUUGUGUGCGGUCUUGCCAAAACGCAACAAUGACUCUACAUACGGUCUAGACGAUGGCCAUAGAAGUUGACAGCAUUAAAACAGAUCUGGGAUCAGGCUAGCUAACGUAGUCUAUUCCAACCAAAAAGUAGUGUCUUCCUAUCAUUCUGAGGUUGCACCACAAGAAUUCACAUAAUAGGGGGCUUGUUAUGUCAUGGUUUUUAGGCUGUCGAUCCUUGGGUAACUGUUUGGCAUAAUUAAAUGAUACUGUGUGCUUUCAUCAAUUGAAAGCCCUUAAUCUAUUUUAUGAGAAUUUGUAAGAUUUCUUGUUUGCAUAAAAUAGACGCAGACCAGUCUUUAAAUAAUAGCUAAUAUAAUUUAUUCUCGGAGCGCGCUCCCACUUAAUCACGUGCAGCAGUUUAUAUACAGAUCAUGAUGUCAUUUCAUUGCUUUAACAGAAUCCCCUCCUCUCGACCGGGACAUAGUGAGGUGAAAAAUUUCAUUCUAACUUACUAACACACUCCCAGAUAACUUUUGACCCCUCAACAUGAUCGAUUAACAGAACCUAGGAAUGCACUCACUGCCUUAUCUAAAAACCCCAGAGCUAAGUUUCAGUAGGGUCAACCAUAUGCUAACGACCUUCUGUGUUUACUCAGUCCCCAACCCAUUUGUUUCUGCCUAGUUGGAAUGGUGUUCAUUAACUUUAAUUACUCCUUGUCCGUGUCUCACAAUCCCUUCUUAUGAACUCAUAUUGUCAAUCACUUAUACAACAAAGUAUAAUUUUACUUAGUUCCAUUUAAAAUGAUUUGUUUCAUAUUAGUCAUUUCCUAACAGUAACCCCCCACCCUCCCUCCCCAGAUAGAUAGAUUUGAUAUUAUGUUAUUAAAUCAGCACCAUUCACCAGAGUAGCCUGUUGAGACUGGCCGUAGAGAAGCCCCCACACGUGCAGAAUCUUCGAGGACGUUGAGUCCCCCCAGGGAAGAAAGGUCCAGUGAUCCGCAGCCACUCUGUUCAGAGACCUAAUCAUGGCCAUAUUAAACGACAUGGACACUAGUCUAAUGUUGAGUCAUAUUUCCAACCCCCCCCCCUUUUCAUUUUCAGCUGCGUUUCCUGUGAAUCUGUGAUCAACUGUUAUCCAUUAGGAUGGCUUCAUCCAGAUGAGAAUGUUACAUGGGAACUGGAAAACUCAAACAAAGGGUUAUGUGUGUGUGAGGAUUUAAAUAAGACUGUACUAAAAACAGGGGCUGUUUUGGGAAGACUGGAGACCAUAGGCUUACUGGUAAAAAUGCACUAGGUAAGCCCUGGGUUGUACCUCUGCCUCCAUUACCAGAGCACCACAGUGACCGAUUAUCUUCACCGGUCCCCAACAACACUCCUUAAUCACUAUAUUGGUCCUAAGAGCCAUCUUUCUCUCAAGUAUUACAGCAGACAAACUAUGAAUUUUUAAAUUUUUUAUUCAAGGGACAGGACUCUGUUUUACUUGAUAUGGCUAGUGGAACUGACAAUACAUGGUGCUAAAAAAUGUGGUUCUGAGUUUUGUUAUAAUUCUCUGUAUUACAGAGAGGUGGAUCUCUAACCGAUAGCAAGUGGUAGUGGGUCGGCUGUGUGUCUACAUAUGUGGAUGGCUGCAUUGCAUUUGAUAUAGUUACACAAUUAGGUUUUAAACACAAGGCAGUCUGUGCCCUGCUUGCUU